AAAAACACGUCUGCGCGUGUGUGUGUGUGCAACUCCUGGAUCCCAGCUUGUCGGACGGGAAACAGACGCGCGCGCGCCCCUCGUGCUGCUCCCCAUCAUGUUUGCUUCUGUUCUCGUGCGUGGUGCCGAGACGACAAAUGACCAAUAAAUACGAAGCUCUUUUUCGAGCACGGCGCGACCUGAGUUCUCUGGCGCAGAAAGCAAAGCACACGGCGAUGAGCGCGGGCAUGUUCGGAGGCUCGAGCCCGUCCGCCUCCGGUCCGGUCACAGUCCCAGGCCUGCGUGCUCCGAGCGCGUGAGUCCCAGCUCUGACAUCAUCUCAAUCACGGCUGAUCACGGCAGGUGCGUGGGACCCGUCCUCAGCUGCGCCGGAGCGAGCGCCGACAGAUCCGCACGGCAGUGGUGAACGGAGCGCUGCGCUCCUCCGAAUGGCCGAGGUUUCAGCGGGAAGACGAACAGACUUGCGACGCCGAGCAUUUCUUCAGAGCUUGUGCUCUGACAGGACACAGAUGGAGACCCUGUUGGAGGAGCACCUGCAGCGGGCUGACCCUGCGGGCGUGGUCUCGCUCAUCCACUUUGAGGGUUUGAACCACUCGGCAGUGGUGCAGCUGGACCUGCUGGUGACCAAGCUGCUGAGCCGAUCGCACUUCCACAAAGUGUCCGUCCUCCUGAAGGCCCUGGAGCGCCUGACCUGGGACGGGACGCUGGUGCAGCUGGGACUGCCUGCCAAGGCGAGUGCUCCAGUGGAGGAAGCCUUGGAGCAGGCUGUUCUCUCUGACUCUCUCUUUCAGGUUUGUUUUUGGUUCCGAGCUGUCUCCCGGCGCUUGACCUCUGACCCCCCAACAGAGACGCUUCACUGUCUGACAGAGAGCUUCUAUGAUUAUUUCCUGUGUCUGAGUCAAACGUCGCUUCCAGUGCACCAGCUGUCUGCGGUUCUCAGCCAUUUGACGGAGUUGGCUGUAAAACCAGACAUGUAUUUCUCUCUUGGACUGGAGGCCAUCAGAACAUUCAAUGCUGUGCUGGAUUGUCUGAGUCCAGAGAGGAGGAGGAGGAUCCAGGUGCAGAAGAACCAAGCUCAGAUACUGUAUAACCCCACACGCACAGCAACGAUGGCGCGACUCCCUGCAGUGAGUGCCAGGGCCCUGCUCUCUGUCUCCCUCUGUAGGUCACAGUUGUCAACAGCGGUUCUGACGGCUGCAGAUUACGAGCUGCAGGUCGGCCUGACAGAAGCUUUGUGUCGGCUGACUCCGCGGAAGAAGAGGCUGCAGCGAGCCCGUGGCUGGUUCCCUCAGCCCGGCGUCUGCGCUGCCUUCUGUGACAUCAGAGAUGGAGACUUCGAGCUGGACUGCCGUCGUUUCCUCAACUUCCUGAACCGUUGCCGUAGCGACCAGAUGAGGGUGCGAACCUUCCCGUGCCGUCAGACGUUCCUGGACUCGGCAGAGCUCUGUAAACCCAAAGACAAGCCCUUGGAACCGUUCUGGAUCGACUUCAACACAGGAUCCAAAUCUGUGACCUUCUUCACGGAUGACCCUCAGAGUUGUCUGUGGAGUUCUGUUCAUCUGUCCAGUGACAACGUGGACCAGUACAGCAUUCGGCUUCAGAAGGGCGAGUGCACUUCAGCGUCCAUGAGACCGGCGCGCGGAGCCCUCAACCCUCUGUCUUUUCUCCCAGACUCGAAUGUCCCACAGUCGGUUUUGAGGGUCCACUUGAUCUCUCCCAUCACUCACCUGGGCAACACAGGCCAGACGGUCAAGAUUCUCUUCAACCCAGAGGACCAUCAAGACCUGGAGGAGUCUCUGAAGGCAGUGUUUCUGGAAGGCGAGAAGAGCAGCAAGGCUCGGCGAUGUUUGAGAGUUCUUCCUCUGUCCCCAAGCAACAAGCAGCCCACCUCUGAGCCUCGGAGGAAGAGCAGAGCGGAGGCCCUCUUCGACCUGGUGGUCCCGAGCACAGCCUCCUACAACUCAGGCGUUUUGAUGGUGCCAGACCCAGACAGCCAGGAGCGAGGGAGCCCGUCGGUCAGCAGCCGGAGCAGGAAGCGCUCACUUCCUGACUCAGGCCUCGUGUCGGAUAGAAAUGAAGAUGGUUGCUCACCGAAGUUGAGAAGGGAAGAAGAAGGAGCGCAGAGGAGGAAGGACACCUCGGCGUCUCCAGGGAAUGACGGAGCAAAGCCGACCUCAGGAGCUGUGCCAAAAAGCAGAGGGGCUUUUACUGUCGUCUUUCCCCAAGAUUCAGACCGAUGCUGUGAAGAUGGCGACCAACCAGGUGAGGAGAGCGAGGGCCCUCAGCUGACCAGCACGUCGGCCGGCUUCACGCGACUGGUUCAGAACCUCAAAGGUGGACUCAUGGAGUCCUGGCGGCGAGUGGAGGAGGAGCUGCAGAAGCCUCUGAGCCAGUGUCAGCAGCGUGUGGCGUCACUGCUCCAGGACGUCCGCCGUCACAGGAGCCUGGAGUCUUGGAGGAACCGGAGAGCCAGACGCACAGACCUCCAGGUGCUCCUCCGCCGUAUCUGGGAUCCGGGGCUUCUGGCGUGGAAUUUCCAGGCGGUUUGGAGCUAAUGGAGCGAGGACUCUGCCAGGUGUCUUUUGGGCCAAAAACCAAGGUGUUGACCGAGUGAGAAGGUCCUGACGCUGCGUGGGAGGACUGACUUGGACCAGACUAGCUGAGCCGGACACGGACUUGCAACAGGUGUGUUGUGA